AUAAACCCACAAUACACUAAAAAAAUAAAGAUAUACUUCAGCUCAGUUCAUUUGUUCUCUGUUCGUUGGUAAUAGACGCAAGAAAAACUAAUCGAGAAGGAGAAAUUUGUAACUGUUUCGAUGUCUGGUGCUGUUCUUUGGGUGGUGUCCCCAAAAGAAAAUAUAACCUCUGUGGUUAGAUUUUUUGGCAGAAAUGGUGGUGGGAGGAGGAAUAUGUUUGGGUCUUGCUUGAAUUUCUCAUCUGGGUUGUCGGUUUCCUCGAGUGCGGUUGCGAACCCGGCAAGAUCUUCGGAGGAGAUGGUCUAUGAAGUUGUGCUUAAGCAGGCGUCUCUGGUUAGGGAACAGACGAUGAGGAGGAAAGCUCUUGAUUUAAGAUCCCCUAAAGAUGAUAUUCUGAUGGAUGGGAAUCUGUUGAAUGAGGCUUACGAGAGGUGUGGUGAGGUCUGCGCAGAGUAUGCUAAGACAUUUUACUUGGGAACAUUGCUCAUGACUCCGGAAAGGCAAAAAGCUAUCUGGGCAAUCUAUGUAUGGUGCCGACGGACAGAUGAGCUAGUAGAUGGGCCUAAUGCUUCCCACAUCACACCCAAGGCUCUUGACAGAUGGGAGCAAAGGUUAAUUGACCUCUUCGACGACCGUCCUUAUGACAUGUAUGAUGCUGCUUUGUCUGAUACCGUCUCAAAAUACCCUGUUGAUAUUCAGCCCUUUAAGGACAUGAUUGAAGGGAUGCGGAUGGACUUGAAGAAAUCAAGAUACAAGAACUUUGACGAGCUCUAUCUCUACUGCUACUAUGUUGCUGGAACAGUGGGGCUAAUGAGUGUUCCAGUAAUGGGGAUUGCUCCAGAAUCAAAGGUCUCCACAGAGAGUGUUUACAACUCUGCUUUAGCCCUUGGGAUUGCUAAUCAGCUCACAAACAUACUCCGGGAUGUUGGAGAAGAUGCUAGGAGGGGAAGAAUAUACCUUCCUCAGGAUGAGCUGGCACGCGCUGGUCUUUCGGAGGAUGAUAUAUUCCGUGGGCAAGUGACUGACAAAUGGCGGAAUUUCAUGAAGAGUCAGAUCAAGCGAGCUAGGAUGUUCUUUGAUGAGGCUGAGAAGGGUGUUGCAGAGCUGAGUUCAGCUAGUAGAUGGCCGGUCUGGGCAUCCUUAUUGAUCUACAGGCAGAUCUUGGAUUCAAUUGAAGCCAAUGACUACAACAACUUCACAAAGCGAGCUUAUGUUGGUAAAGCAAAGAAAUUAGUCUCAUUGCCAGUUGCUUAUGGUAGAGCAUUACUGGGACCUUCUUCUAAAUCAGCAAGGUUGGUGAGGAGAUGAAAUUCAGUUGUUUGCCACAAAAGGCUGGAAAGCAAUUCUUUUUUUUUCCUUUCAAGGAAAGGGCACACCAUUGUACAUCAAGCCUGUUCUGUAUACUAGCAGCUCAUUUAUUUGAAGAAAUUGGAAAUCUGUUCUGCUUCCAAAUUCCAACUGGAAGAUUGUAUUCAGUAUAGGAAGAUGCUUAGCAUGCAAAUAACUUUUUCUUGCGUGGGACCCACCUGGACUGAGUUGCAGGACCCACUUGAAUGAAACGGUAUUCCAGA